AUGUUCUUCCUACUUCACACUCUCUCUCUCUCCUCUUCAUUACUCUGCAAACCAAGCUUCGAAUCUCUCUCUCUCUCUGUAAAUGGCAAAACCUACCUCUUUUUCUUCAUUACGUUGCUUCUGCUACUCCAUGUCUUCUUCUAGGUCAAUCUCUGGUUCGAUCACUGCUUAAAAAGAUCUGAAAUGGGGAGAAAUAGGUGCGAUCAGUUUCUGCUACUGAAGCUGGUUGCGGCGAUCUUUGUUUCAUUGAGUUUUGUCCAUGGCACUACUGAUCCAAGUGAUGUUCAAGCGCUACAGGUGCUGUUCACAUCUUUGAACAAUGAUGCACAACUAACAAAUUGGAAAAAUACUACCAGUGACCCAUGUGGCGAGUCAUGGAGAGGGGUUAGGUGUGACGGUUCCGCUGUUGUUUCCAUUCAACUUCCUGGUUUAGGGAUUGAUGGGGCAUUAGGAUACAUGUUGUCGGGUCUCGCUUCACUGAAGACAUUGGAUUUAAGUGGAAACAACAUUCACGAUGCACUUCCGUAUCAGUUACCACCAAAUCUUACUAGCUUAAAUCUUGCAAACAACAAUUUAAGUGGAAAUCUUCCGUAUUCGGUUGCAUUGAUGUUUAAUCUGAAUUACAUGAACCUUAGUCGCAAUGCGCUCUCUCAGACUAUUGGAGAUAUAUUCAGCAAUCUUACUAGUCUUGCUACUUUGGAUCUCUCGAACAACAACUUCACUGGAGAUCUACCGAAUUCUCUCAGUUCAUUGUCGAGCAUUUCAACAAUUCAUGUGCAGAACAAUCAAUUAACGGGUUCUUUAAAUGCUUUGGUUGGUUUGCCUUUGACUGAUUUAAAUAUAGCAAACAACCAUUUCAGUGGAUGGAUACCACGGGAGCUUCUUUCUGUUCCUACUUUUACAUACGGUGGGAAUACGUUUGACAACGGCCCUGCUCCUCCUCCACCUCCAUUCACACCGCCACCUCCUGGUAAAUCUCGUAAUAAUCGCAGCCAUUCUCCACCAUCACGUACACCUACAGGGUCUCAUGAGCCAUCAUCAGAUACGAGCAGUGGAAAAAAGUUGAGCAUUGGAGUUAUUGUAGGUGUAAGUUUGGGUUCUGCAUUCUUGAUACUUGUUAUAGUUCUUGUGCUUCUUUUCUGCCUUCGAAAAGGGAAAGGGAAAGGGAAGGAAAAUGCUGCAAGAACUUCCACAGGAAACCUUCCUAUCGGUGGCGAGAAAGUUAAUGCAGAAAUGCAAGAGCAGAGGAUAAAACCCGCAGCUAGCAUCGUUGAUUUGAAGCCCCCACCAACAGAAAACUCGACAUUUGAACGAGGGAAAAAUGGAUCUACAAAGAGAGUGAAAUCCCCAAUAACCACUAGUUCGUACACGGUUGCAACUCUACAAACAGCAACAAACAGUUUCUCUCAGGACAAUAUAAUCGGUGAAGGUUCUUUGGGUCGUGUUUAUAAAGCCGAUUUCCCCGGUGGAAAGAUCAUGGCCGUUAAGAAGAUAGACAAUGCGGCAUUAUCACUGCAAGAAGAAGAUAAUUUCGUUGAAGCUGUCUCAAACAUGUCACGCUUGAGGCACCCAAAUAUAGUUCCACUAGCGGGAUAUUGUGCAGAGCAUGGGCAACGUCUUUUGGUUUAUGAUUACAUCGCAAAUGGGAGCUUGCAAGAUUUGCUUCAUUUCGCUGAUGAUCGGAGCAAGACGUUGACAUGGAACGCCCGUGUUCGGGUUGCACUUGGCACUGCUCGAGCUCUUGAGUAUUUGCAUGAAGUUUGCUUACCUUCUGUUGUACAUAGAAACUUAAAGUCUGCAAAUAUUCUACUUGAUGAAGAACUCAAUCCUCAUUUAUCAGACUGUGGUUUAGCCGCUCUUACACCAAACACAGAGCGAGAGGUUUCUACACAGGUGGUUGGCUCAUUUGGUUAUAGUGCUCCUGAAUUUGCCUUGUCUGGCAUAUACACCGUAAAAAGUGACGUUUAUAGUUUCGGAGUGGUGAUGUUGGAGCUGUUGACCGGUCGGAAGCCAUUGGACAGUUCGAGAGUGAGAUCGGAACAAUCACUUGUAAGAUGGGCCACCCCUCAACUCCAUGAUAUCGACUCGUUGGCGAAAAUGGUUGAUCCUACACUGAAUGGCAUGUAUCCGGCCAAGUCGUUAUCACGGUUUGCUGACAUAAUCGCCCUUUGCGUUCAGCCUGAACCAGAGUUCCGGCCUCCGAUGUCUGAAGUUGUGCAAGCAUUGGUUCGGCUUAUGCAAAGGGCAAGUGUGGUCAAGAGACGAUCAAGUGAUGAUUCGGGAUUCAUAUACAAAACCCCAGAUCACGAGGCGUAUGAGAUGUCAUAUUAACACAGAAGUUUUCGGCACACGGAACCUUGCAAUUUUCGCAUAUAUUUCCGCAAGGUCAAAGAGUCAACAUUGAUGAAGAAAAGAUCUGGAGUGAGUCUAUAUAUAUAUAUAUAUAUAUUAUCUAAUUCGUUUUACAUCUGAAGAUGGUCACUUGAAGUUCAAGUUAAGGUAAAUAUAUAUACAUUCAUGAUAGUUUAUAUAUUUGUAUGAAAGAAAAAGAUCUUUGACUUUUUGACUUUUUAUCUUUUUUCUAAAUUCUAUUUUUUUGUUACUUUUCAAGUGUAUCUUGUAAGCUAUUUGUGGUGACCAACUUUAGAGAAACUGUUAAAAAGUCAUCCUUUUUGGUGUGUUUAUC